AUGCGAGGUUGUGGGUGCCGGGGGCCCACCUCUGUGAUUGGGAGAGCCCCCGGAGCAGCGUCCGGCGGCCCUGCCCUUCCCAGGGCCGGCGGCUUUCCCGCGGGCGGUGGUGCCGCCCUGGGCCCUGACCGGUGCCCUGAGACAGCCCCACCAGAGGAUGCCAGCCGCAUCCGGCCUCAUCCAACUUCAGAUGGGGAGCCCAGGCCCCGCUUCACGCUGCUGCAGGCCACGGGCACCGAGAUUGGGGGUGGAGGGGCAGGUGUGGCUGCUGCAGGGAGCACGCCUGCUCUGGGGAAACGGCACCCCCACCCCCGCCGCACGCCCAGCCGCGUGAAUACCCGGGCCGGGGGCCACUGCAGCAGCAACACACGCAGGGCCUUCAGGGCCCUGACGGCUGCUCCCAGUGACAGCCCCAGCCGCGUGCCAGGCCAGCCUGGGGUCCCGGGCAGUGUGGCUCAGGCGCAGGGCCUGGGGCCUCACAGGUGCCUCCAGAGCCACCUUCCUUCUCCCCCACCAGGCUGGGGCGGGGCUCCUGGGGACCCGGGCGCACCCUUCCUGGCGGCUGGCCCUGCUGAGGAACGCACCCCCUCAGAGUGUCCGCCCUGA